CAAGCUCCAAAAAACUCCAACUCCCAGGAUGCUUUGCACGGGAAGUUCUGCCUUUGCAAGCAAGGCAUUCGAGUCCUGAAGCUGGAGCGCGCAUGCCUGGGCCAUGGGGCUGAAGAGCGCCCAGAAGGCCCUCUUCCCGCUCCGCUCGGUGCAGGACGUGGUGCGCCUCUUUGAGCUGGAGCUGCGCCGCGAGCAGCCCGACCUGGUGCUUCUCUCCCUGGUGCUGGGCUUCGUGGAGCACUUCCUGGCCGUCAACCGGGUGCUGCCCACCAACGUGCCGGGCAUCAGCUUCGAGCCGGCCCAAGGCCCCGAGAGCCUCACCUACUUCCCGGUGGCCGACCUCAGCAUCGUGGGCGCCCUCCACGCCCGCUUCACCGCCCAGAUUCGGGGGGCCGUCGACCUCUCGCUCUACCCGCGCCCGGAUGGCUACUCCUCCCGGGAGCUGGUCAAGAAAGUCUCGGACGUCAUCUGGAACAGCCUGAGCCGCUCCUACUUCAAGGACCGGGCCCACAUCCAGUCCCUCUUCAGCUUCAUCACAGGGACCAAACUGGACAGCUCGGGCGUGGCCUUUGCGGUGGUGGGGGCCUGCCAGGCGCUGGGGCUGCUGGACGUCCACCUGGCGCUCUCCGAGGACCAUGCCUGGGUGGUCUUCGGCAAGGACGGCGAGCAGACGGCGGAGGUGACGUGGCACGGAAAGGGCAACGAGGACCGGCGGGGGCAGACCGUGAACGCCGGCGUGGCCGAACGGAGCUGGCUGUACCUGAAAGGCUCCUGCCUGUGCUGCACCCGCCAGAUGGAAGUGGCCUUCAUGGUUUGCGCCAUCAACCCUUCCAUCGACCUCCACUCGGACAGCCUGGAGUUGCUGCAACUGCAGCAGAAGUUGCUCUGGGUCCUCUACGAUUUAGGCCACUUGGAGAAGUAUCCCAUGGCUUUGGGGAACUUGGCCGACUUGGAGGAACUCGAACCCACGCCGGGGCGCCCUGACCCGCUCUUCCUUUAUCACCAGGGCAUCAAUUCAGCCAAGCAGUACUACCACAACGAGCACAUCUACCCGUACAUGUACCUGGCCGGGUACCACUGCCGGAACAAGAACGUCAAGGAGGCGUUGGAGGCCUGGGCCGACUCGGCCACCGUCAUCCAAGAUUAUAACUAUUGCCGAGAAGAUGAGGAGAUCUACAAGGAGUUCUUUGACGUGGCCAACGACGUGAUUCCCAAUUUAUUAAAAGAGGUCGCCAGCUUGGCCGACUUGGCCGAAGAGAAAGGAAGCUGUGACAGGGCGGAGGGUUCGCCGUCCCAACAUGGGGGGUCGGCCCUCCAGGACCCCGAGUGCUUUGCCCACCUCCUCCGCUUCUACGACGGGAUCUGCAAGUGGGAGGAAGGCAGCCCCACGCCCGUCCUCCACGUCGGAUGGGCCACCUUCUUGGUCCAGUCCUUGAGCCGCUUCGAUGGGACGGUCCGGCAGAAGGUGACCCUGGUGAGCCGGGACGUGGAGGCCAACGAGGACGACGACCAAGGCAGCGAAGACCCCCGGGAAGGCCGUCGCCGGGGUCCCCGCCGGGAGUCCAAGCCCGAGGAGCCUCCGCUGCCCAAGAAGGUGGCCGAGCGCCGGCGGCCGAGCUCCAGCCAGAGGGUGGACCGUCCGGCCCCGGAGAAGGAGGACGCGCCCGGCGGGGGUCCCAGCCCCCCUCCCGAGGGUCCGGUCCUGACCUUCCAGAGCGAGAAGAUGAAGGGCAUGAAGGAGCUGCUGGUGGCGGCCAAGAUCAACUCCAGCGCCAUCAAGCUCCAGCUCACGGCUCAGUCGCAGGUCCAGCUGAAGAAGCAGAAGGCCUCGGCCCCCCGGGACUACACCCUGGCCUUCCUCAAAAGACCCCGGAAGUCCCUCUGAGACCCCCCCCCCCCCGGGGACCAUAAGGACUCCUUUUUCGUUUCGUUUGGGAAGGAGACGAAUUAUUGUUUCCGUUGGGAGACUUUGGGCGUCGCGCUAGACCUAGAUCCGAUAUUGUUUUCUUUCCGCAUCUGUUUCUGUCCCCUGAUCUAGUUCUUCAACAAGGAAUGUAAUAGAGUAAUAAAAAAGUCAAAAUGCUAACUCCUCCCGGGACUAACCAUUAAAAAGUGUAGGAAAAGUUG